AUGAAGAAGCCGGUUAAGAGCAAGAGCGGAACCUGCCAGGAGAUCGAAGAAGUCAAUGAGCGAACACUGAUGAUGAGGAGGAUGCUUGAAUGUAUAGACAAAGGAGCAGAAGAUGAAAUCAAUGAGAUUUACAGAUAUGCGCCAUAUGAUGACGUGCCUGAGUUUGUUAAUCUCUGGUCAAUAGAGGAGACACACGGUGUGCUAAACGACGUGGCCAUUAUUAUGGCUUCAAUAAAGGAGUGA